AUGGUAGUGCGGCCCAUGAUGCUGCGCUCUUCUGUUGCACCGGGACGGCAGUUGCUGCUGUCCUCCGCUCGUCAGCGGACCGCAUCUCAAUGGCUGUCCAGAGCCGGAGCAAGCAGCCGGCUUUCAGGUCAGAGGUUCUUCGCCGAUAUUAAGCCCCCUACCACCGCUGCUCCUACGCCCGCUACUCCGUCCUCCGAGUCUGCUGUUCCCCCAGAGACCGUCCCUAAGCCAUCGCCCGCCGGACAAGAGUCCACUCUCCCUCCCUCUACUCCUCCUACCCCAGCUCCCAAGGGUGGACGCUUCCGCAGAUUCCUUCUCUACCUGCUGCUUACCUCCGGAUUCGCAUACGGUGGCGGCGUUUUCCUGGCUUUGAAAUUCGAUAACUUCCACGAUUUCUUUACCGAAUACAUUCCCUAUGGUGAGGAGAGUGUCCUUUAUUUCGAAGAGCGUGACUUCUACCGUCGAUUCCCGAAUACUUUGAGAAACCAGAACCGCCUUAACCCGACCCCAAGGGAUGAAGGAAACAAGAUCACCAUCCCAAGCAAGAGCGGACUCACCUCAAAGGUCGCCGAAGAGGAGAUUUCGGGAGCAGAUGUCUCCCAGAAAGGCCCCCACAUGAGUGCCACUCCAGCUCAGAAGAGCUCCGAAGCGCAAACCAAGCCCGCCGCCGCUAAGCCCGAGGACAAGACCACUGCUGUUGUGAAGGCUAAGGAGGAUAAGGCCGCCAAGGAGGCUGAGAAGAAGGAGGAGCCCAGACAGCCGGCCAUUCCUGCUGUCACUCCUCUCGAAUUUGCUCAGGUCAACGAGGGAGAUGAAGCAAUCGUCCAGGAGUUGGUGAAGACGUUCAACGACAUGAUCACCGUCAUCAGCGCUGAUGAGAACUCCGGCAAGUACUCUCAGCCCGUGGCCAAGGCCAAGGAGGAACUCCAGAAGGUUGGAGAGAAGAUCAUCGCUGUUCGCGAGGAGGCCCGCCGUGCUGCGCAGGAGGAGAUCCAACAGGCCCAUGCUACUUUCGAUGAGUCUGCUCGCGAGCUUAUCCGUCGUUUUGACGAAAUGCGUGCGGCCGAUGCCGCCCAGUACCGCGAGGAAUUCGAGGCUGAGCGUGAAAAGUUGGCUCAUGCCUACCAGGAGAAGAUCAGAACGGAGUUGCAGAGAGCUCAGGAGGUGGCCGAACAGCGCCUCAAGAACGAGCUGGUUGAGCAAGCCAUUGAGCUUAACCGCAAGUACCUGCACGAAGUCAAGGAGCUCGUGGAGCGGGAGCGCGAGGGUCGUCUCAGCAAAUUGAACGAACUCACCGCCAACGUCAGCGAGCUGGAGAAGCUUACCUCUGGCUGGAGAGAGGUCAUUGACAGCAACCUCAGGACCCAACAACUCCAGGUGGCUGUUGAUGCCGUGCGCUCCGUUGUUGAUCGCUCUGCAGUUCCUCGCCCCUUCGUCCGCGAGCUUGUCGCUGUGAAGGAAUUGGCCGCUGAGGACCCCGUUGUUGAGGCUGCUAUCUCUUCCAUCAACCCUGCUGCUUACCAGCGUGGAAUUCCUUCGACCUCUCAGAUCAUCGAGCGCUUCCGUCGCGUCGCUGAUGAGGUGCGCAAGGCUAGCCUUCUGCCCGAAGAUGCAGGUAUCGCUAGCCACGCUGCCAGUGUCGUCCUGAGCAAGGUCAUGUUCAAGAAGGAUGCUGUUGCCGGUAGCGACGAUGUGGAGAGUGUGCUGUACCGGACCGAGAGCCUCCUGGAAGAAGGUAACCUCGAUGCUGCAGCUCGUGAGAUGAACAGUUUGUCGGGAUGGGCCAAGAUUCUGAGCAAGGACUGGCUUGUGGAUGUUCGCAGAGUGUUGGAAGUUAAGCAAGCUCUGGAGGUGAUUGAAACUGAGGCGCGUCUACAAUGUUUGAGGGUCGAGUAG